AUGACCUUUGCACUGACGAAAAAGCGACCGCUCGGCUGUGAUCAGACGAGCCAGUCCCGGACCUCACUGCAUGCAGAUUUCGAAGCAAGUUUUAUUCGCCUCAUUGACAAGGUGACCAAUGGCUCUAGGAUUGAAAUAAACCAAACAGGUACUACCUUGUAUUAUCAGCCUGGUCUUUUGUAUGGAGGUUCACUGGAGCAUGACUGCAGUCCCAGUCGUGGUAUUGGCUAUUAUUUGGAAAGUCUGCUCUGCCUGGCACCUUUCAUGAAGCACCCAUUAAAAAUUGUCCUGCGAGGAGUAACAAAUGAUCAAGUAGAUCCUUCAGUUGAUAUCCUUAAGGCAACAGCUCUACCUCUGCUGAAAAGAUUUGGAAUUGAUGGUGAAAGUCUGGAAAUCAAGAUCAACCGCAGAGGAAUGCCUCCCAAAGGUGGUGGAGAGAUAGUGUUUGCCUGCCCAGUGAAGAAGGUCCUGCAGCCCCUUCAGCUCACAGACCCCGGCAAAAUCAAGCGCAUCAGGGGAACAGCAUACUCCGUCAGAGUGUCACCGCAGAUGGCAAACAGAAUAGUGGAGUCUGCAAGGAGCAUCCUGAAUAAGUUCCUCCCAGACAUUUAUAUCUACACAGAUCAUAUGAAGGGGGUCAGCUCUGGAAAAUCGCCAGGUUUCGGGCUGAGCCUUGUUGCAGAAACCAUCAACGGCACCUUCCUCAGCGCUGAGCUCGCCUCAAACCCUCAGGGCCAGGGAGCUGCUGUGUUGCCCGAGGAGCUGGGCCAGAACUGUGCCAAGCUUCUGCUGGAGGAGAUCUACAGGGGAGGCUGUGUAGAUUCAACAAACCAGAGCCUUGCUCUGCUCCUCAUGACCCUUGGACAACAGGAUGUUUCCAAAGUCCUGUUGGGACCUCUAUCUCCAUACACAAUUGAGUUUCUGCGACACCUGAGGAGCUUCUUCCAGAUCAUGUUUAAAAUUGAAACGAAGUCCCCUGAGGAGGAGGAACACAAGGGUGGGGCGAAAGUCUUAAUGACGUGUGUCGGCGUUGGAUUUUCCAACCUGAGUAAAACAAUAAGAUAAAAUAUCUGCAGACUUUCUGAAAUGCAGUGACAGAAAACAUUGCAGAGAUGUGAUAUAACAAUGUGAGAGCCUGUCUUUCCCUGUGCUUGUUCUGGAACCAGGAAAACCAGCCAUGCUCCCAGUGCAAAGGUACCCAAGCUUGCUGCAUGUAAACAAUACAGCUGCCUUCAGGCUGUUUAGGCCUGUAUUGUGUACAAACACAAUGCCACUAUUGUGCUGCAUGGAAUGGCUGGCCAGAGUCUCAGCUGGCUUGGGACUUCUUGCACUGUUCUCCAGUACACAGGACACAGGUGCCUCUUACAUUCCUGUGUCCCUCUUCCCGUGCCCUCAAGCCUUAAAAGCAGUGGGUGCUCUACUUGUCAUUAUGUGUAUCUAUCUACAGGCUUCACUCUUAGCUUUUUUUUCUCAAAGGUUUAGAUAGAGAAGGGAAACAGGUUUGACCAAAACGAGACUUGCAGUGCAAACAAUGAUCACAAUGGAAACAUGAAAUUCUCCAGGUAAUUGCAGAGAUAUUACUGGCAUGGAAAUUAUAGUACAAGCUGGAACAGUAAUUUCUGGUUCAUACACUGUAUGUGUAUAGAAUUUGUCAAAUGUUUCACUCCUGUUCAAUUUGGCUAAAUUAUAGUUUUCCAGAGG